AUGCAUACAGUCAAUACCCGCCAGCUUUUUUCAGGUACCAGCCUGGUGCUAACGGAAGACGGGCAGUGGGGCGGCGAGAUGCCCAACGGAACCUUCACGGGCAUGAUAGGCAAAGCAAACGGGAAGGCUCACUUUGCAAUCAACGAAAUUACGAUCACAGCUCCGCGAGAAAGAAUCAUCGACUUCACUCUGCCUUAUUUCCUAGAGUCAACGGCUAUGUUGUCCAGAGCCCCAGCCGAAAAGAAUAAAGCUUUCGCCGUCUUCUCGCCUUUUACAGGGGAGGUGUGGCUCCUGAUCUUCGUCACGACUUUGAUCAUGGGACCGAUCAUCUCGGGAGCCACUCGAAUCCGCAGCAUCUACCACCACUACGACCCGAGUCAGCUACACUCCGUGUCCGAGUUGGCCUUCCAGAGCUACAGGUCCCUGGUAAUCCAGGGGUGCUCUCUCGAUCCCCUAGGGUGGUGCCAGCGAAGUCUCCUUCUCAUGUGGUUCUUCUUCUGCUUCAUCAUUUACGCCCUGUACGCAGGGACGCUCACAGCCGUCCUGGCUAUCCCGUCCUACGAGAAACCAAUCGAUUCCCUGACAGAUCUCCUGGUCGCCAUCGACAAAGACGGUUUUAAACCGAGCGUCGUCUUUGGGACAAGCAACGAAUUCAUCUUCAGCUUGGCCACGAGCGGAAUUUACAAGGAGAUCUGGGACAGAUUCGAUAAGAAAGAUGGUUUCGUUUACAGCUGGGACGAAGGAGUUGCGAAGGUACUGACGGGGAAGUACGUCUACAUGAACGCCUACCUGGGGGCCCUGAUCAGGGCCAAACGAAGGGGCCUUCACAAAUAUUACUUCGGCAGGAACACCUUCUAUCCUCAGAGUUACAGCAUCGCCUGCACCAGUGGCUCACCCUACAAGACACUAUUCGAUACCUUCCUCGUCAGGAUGACCUCAGCUGGACUCGUCCGGAAGUGGACGAAGGACGAGGUCGACAAGGUCAGGUCAGACGACACGGGGGGAGCGGGGGGCCCCGGGGCGAUCACCCUGGUGCAGCUGCAGGCGUCCUCUUCAUCGUCGUCAUGGGAUACGGCCUGGCAGCCGUGGCCUUCGUCGGAGAGAGGAUUAAGAGCGCUUUCUUCGAUCCUCCGCGGAUCCUCGGGGCUGAGGGAGAGGACUCGGCCCAAGAUGAAUGGGUAUCCCAGGGUUAAAGGAUGGCAGUAG